AUGUGGGUUGUACCCAGUCAUCACCCGGUCUGCGUUUGCGCGGCAACUCAGACCAGCCUCAAGCCUCGCGCGACGGUUGACCCUAGAUGGGCACAGACGCAUAACGCCGUGAACAUGUUCAACGCGCUGCCUCGGCAGUACCCAGGAUCGUUCGCUCAUAUCCCGAACAGCCUGCACAUCGGUUGGAGCGUGGCCGACAAGAACGUCUGGAGCGCCGAAAUUCGACCCUCUACUCAACAGCAACAGAUCCAGAUCGUCACUGCGCCUCUGACCGCUGAGGCGAGGCGCCUCAUCGGGGGUCUCGUGAUUCCGACUCUGCCGGGAAUCUAA